UCGCAGUCUCGGUAGUCCGCAGCUCACGUAAAAACAAACAAAGAAACAACAACAACAAAAUAUCUCCUUGUCUAAAGAAAUCUCAUCUUAUUUUUUUUUUUUUUUUUUUUUUUUUGUGAUGGAGUUCCCCACUUUCCCUCCGAGUGCCAUGUACGUGUCGUUAAGUCCGCUGAACGCCAGCAUCCCCGACUCGCUCCUGCCCGGACCGCCGAAAUGCGCCGGGGCCAACUGGACCGACGGCACCGACGGCACCAACGGCACGAACGGCACCGGCGCGUCCGUGGGUCGCGACACGGCCAGGGUGGUCAUCGCCGUGUGCAUUACCGCCCUGUACUCGCUCAUCUGCGUGGUGGGGCUGCUGGGCAACGUCCUCGUCAUGUACGGCGUGGUCAGGUACACCAAGAUGAAGACGGCCACCAACAUCUACAUCUUCAACCUGGCCCUGGCGGACGCCCUGGCCACCAGCACCUUGCCCUUCCAGAGCGCCAAUUACCUGAUGAGCACGUGGCCGUUCGGGGAGCCGCUGUGCAAAGUGGUCAUCGCCAUCGACUACUACAACAUGUUCACCAGCAUCUUCACGCUCACCAUGAUGAGCGUGGACCGCUACGUGGCCGUGUGUCACCCUGUGAGGGCCCUGGACUUCCGCACUCCGGCCAAGGCCAAGAUUAUCAAUAUCUGCAUCUGGAUCCUAUCGUCGGUCAUCGCGGUCCCUGUGAUGAUCAUGGCCGUUACCAAGGUGACAGACAAAGGCAACGUGGAUUGCAGAAUUAUCUUUCCACAACCAGACUGGUACUGGGACACCGUGACAAAAAUCUGUGUGUUCAUCUUCGCCUUCCUGGUGCCCGUGCUUGUCAUCACCGUCUGCUACGGUCUGAUGAUCCUGCGGCUAAAGAGCGUCCGUCUCCUCUCCGGAUCCAAAGAGAAGGACAGGAACUUGAGGCGGAUCACCCGUAUGGUCCUCGUAGUGGUGGCAGCUUUCAUCAUUUGCUGGACUCCCAUACACAUCUUCAUCAUCGUCAGGACCAUGGUGAAAAUCGACCACAAGAACCUCCUGGUGAUGGCGAGCUGGCAUCUGUGCAUUGCCCUGGGCUACACCAACAGCAGCCUCAACCCGGUCCUUUACGCCUUCCUGGAUGAGAACUUCAAGAGGUGCUUCAGGGAUUUCUGCCUGCCCUAUCGCACACGUACGACGCAGCACAGCUUCUCCCGUGGCCGCAACAACACCAGAGAGCCCGUGUCCGUUUGCGCCCCCUCCACCGGAGGCAGACCGCCCGCAUGACUAGGCGUGGACCGUACGGGGAUCCAGGAUGACCUCCAGACGGAAGUCACGCAGUUCUCCACCACAGGAGUGUGAACGCAUACAUGUUGGCAUUUGUUCCACCGCUGUCAGUUUUUAUCUCGAGCUUGUGGACGAGGCUUCACGUGAUGGAUCCCUCGUGUAGAGUCUAAAUGUUUGUUUUUCAGGAUGCUGAAAAAAUGCCAAUGUGUGCCUGUAGAUCAUAAACUGGUGGAGUCAAAUGUACAGACCGAUGAAUAACACAAAAAAGAGGAGAACCCCUUUAACAGGCAUUUAAGAACACCUUGAACUUGAACACAGAAAUCAUACACUGUCCAUAUACAGUAUACAAAUAAGAUCACAGAGAACAUACAAUUUAAUUCAACCCAAAUCUAGCUUAAUGUAUAGAAACAAGAACAUACAAAUGUGUCUUCUCACAGUAAAGGUAACAAAAAAAAAAAAGACAUCACCUCAAUGGCUUCAUUAGGCAUAAAGCAGUAAAGCGAUGUUUUCUUCAUGCUUCAAAAUUGCGGACAAAGUUAACGCUGAAAUAGUUAACAUGCUAAGGACCUUAUUUCAGUCAGCAUUAGCUGCAAUCAAACUAAUUUACUGGAGUAAGAAACAGUUUUCAUCAAAAAAGUUUGGAUGUUUUGAUCCUGCUUACUGAGGGGUAAGACUCGAAAAUCUCUCAGAGGUUCAUUUUGUUUUGGUAAUUCCAAAUAAAAUCGUGUAGGUGAUUAAUUAUAAAACUGAGAAGCUGGAAAAAAAAAAAAAAAGUUCCUGUUUACAUGACAUUUGAGCUGUCACUGAUUGCUAGGUCAGAUUUUCUUGGGCCAAAAUGUUUUGUGCCAUCAUCCGUCCAUUUUCUAUAGCGCUUGUCCUCGUUAGGGUUGCGGGUGAGCUGGAGCCUUUCCGAGCAGACAGUCAAUCGCAAUGAUUUGUGCAGUAGAGAGCAAUUUUUAAAAAGUUAACCGUGUUCCCUAUGCUCUUGUCUUUUUUUCCCCAAAAAACCUGCUUGAGCUUGCCCGGAGUUGUCCCAAAUGAAAUAUCACUGCUAAGGUGCUCCGUUGAGUCUAAAUGUGACCACCAUGACGGCACUAGAACAUGACAUUUUCCACUUGUGAGAUGAAUCGCCCUGUUCCUUUUAUUUGUCACCGAGCUGUACAAUGUUCCCGUGGUCAGACAUUCAAAAUGCACUACACACUACAGGCAACGUUUAGCCUACAAAGCGUUUUGAAUGAUCUUCCAGCUGUGUCUCCACUUCAACACAUUAUAGGGUGUUACAUUACUGAGCGUCAGCUUUAACAGUGCUUGGAGACGUCCGCGCCAUAUUGGGAGAGAAGCGGCGCUCAGUGUAAACAGAACGGGGUGAUAGGCUUCUCUCGCAGUGGAGUACAUCCAUCUAAAAGGCACAGAGGUCUUCUUAUCCAAUUGAGUCACGAACGACUCGUUAAAUAUUCCACAUGAUGGAGAGCAGGGGUGAAAGAGACAACAGCGUGUGGCCUUGAUAAAUCACCACCAGAACAUUUAGAUGUUUUAUGAUGUUGUAUUCGAAUCCCCCUCUCUCUUCAGUGCAUGCUAAUGUGUAAAUAGCGAAGACGACAGUUCCCUUCUCCACCAGAGACGACGCAACCCGGGCAAUUGCCCCUGAGUAGAAAAGGGGACCCAGAGAGACAACUGACACACGUCCAUAUGAGUGGCACAAAUGGAAACUCCUAUAGAAGCUGCAGUUUUGCACAAUCCAAAGACCCGUAAGUAGCAUUUAAAAAAUAAAUACAUUGCCCCACUAUUGGCCAAGGUGUCAGCAGUGCUUGCUUUCCAUUCCUUUUUUACAAAUUAUUUAUUGACUUGGUUGUGUUUGAAUCAUUCUGAAACAUUUGCCACCAUGGUCCUUUUUGCCUGGGCCGCUGUUCACCACUUUAUGACCAUUGGACCUAGCAGCGUCCAUUCAUCUGGGAAGAUCUUUGGGAGACACCAAACUCAUCCAACCAUGUCUUUUUUUUAACGGACAUUGUCGCGAGCACUGGCACACAGUCACGCAAAAAGAAAAGGUCCUUCACUACAUUUGGAACUUUUGGACACGGCUGAUUUGUGUUUGGCACAUCCGCCUUACAGUUUACAGGUUGGAGGUUCAAAUCCAGAUUGUGCAGCGUUUGCGUGUUCUCCCUGUGCUUGCGUGGGUUUUCUCAGGGCACGCCGACUUGCUCCCGCAUUCCAAAAACACGCGUCAGUGAAUUUCCCCGCUGUGGGAUCAAUAAAGUCGUCGUUUCCGUCAUCUUCUAUUCAUUGACAACUCUAAAUUGUCCACAUUUAGGUGGUGAAUGUGAGUGUGAAUAGCUGUUUGUCUAUGGGAUAGGCUCUCGCUCACCCGCGACCCAAUGAGGAGAAGCCUUAUAGGAACUGAACGGAUGGAUGAAACCUUUGUCCAUAUCAUGUACAUUCAGUGUGCCAGAGUGAGAACCACCAUCAUGACAAUGAACGUUCACUGCUUCAAGAGAGAAUUCAAUAACAUGAAUGUGCUAAUGCGUUGCAAGAAAUUGCUUUCAAUUUUCUGCAAAUCUAUUCUUGCGAUGGUAAAAGGAGACGUAAUCCCACACGAGGGGCACAGUCAUGGUCAAUGUCACCACACCGCACCUUCAAUUCUGUGCCUGCCCGCUCAAAGAUGGUAAAAGACACCGUAAAAAUCUGGUGGAAACAACCGUUGCGCCCAGCGUAUCUGCCAUUGACUAAUUGUUUCCACUCAUCUCGUGGUCGGUCUGAACGUUUUUCUCGGCACGACUUUCAGCCUACACGAAAGCUUUGACGGCGGAGGCGGCACAGUACGCUGACUCAAUGACCUCAAACGGGCUUGGAGGAAAUUCAUCAGCAAAUCAAGGAGAGGCUUCCCAUUCACAUUACGUCUGAUGGAGGAAUUAUCCAUUAAGGAUGACUGGACAUUUGAACGAGAUUUUUUUUUUUUCUUAGCACAUUUCAUGUUCAAAUGGACUGAUGCCAAUACUUGUAUCUGACUUCAAAUGUAAAUACAGUAACCUUGUUCUGUUAGAGCAUAAAGUGAUGCAAAUGAUUUGGCUGCAAUGUGCUAUCAAGCUGUCGUAUUGCUGGACUCGAUCAGCAUAUUUAUGUUGUUUGAUUAUGACUAUAGAGUUUCACUAAAAGGUUGCACCAUCAGUCCUGGAUGAGUAUUGGGACCAAACUGGGGGAAAGAAAAAGAAAUUAGAUUAAUAAUAAUAAAUAAAAAAAAGCUUUUGUUGCGUUUUUACUCUCUGACAAUACAGAUUUGUUUUCUAGGACUUUUUUUUAACAAAAGAAUCUUGACUUAUUUUUCUUGUAAAAUGAUUUCUUCUAAUUAUUGUCUGUUUUUAUUUUUUUCCUUUUCAGUAUGGUUCUAAUACUCCUUCAUACGUCAAAAGCGGUCUUAUCUCAUCGUGACUUUGUAUUUAGUCAUCUCUAUCAAAAGGAGCGUUUCAGUGUUUUUAGGUCUGCAAUGCUUUUUAGCUAAAUGACAAUGUUAACCGUAAUGCCUUAAUCAGCAUUAGCGUUUUGUUGAAAAUGGCGCUUUGAGAGUGCUAUAAGAAAGUAUAGUGAUCCCUUUGUACAAACUGCCUUGACAAGCUUUGGCUUUAUUGUCAUAUGAGGCAGCAUAUGUCGUCUUGUAAAUGUCAGUGAAUUUUGGCAGCAGUAAUCACAUAUUAGAUAUUGCUGACACGUGUUAAUCUGCUGUAUGUAAAUUCAGGUUUGCGUCAUGAGAGUGACACAUGUAAUUAGCGAGCACGAUCAGGUAUGGAUUCCUGUGCACGAGGGAGAGGGCGUCUGUGACCUUCGAGGGCGACAUUAUUACCGAACCGCUGGGGAAGCUUCUGGUGGUCGCAGCGGUGGAUGUGUCGCAUCGAAAGAAUGAGCGGAAAUGUCACUAACCAACUGAAAGCACAAUAUUAUCCUUCGUCCGGGAUACCAUUUGAGAUGUUGGCCACAAAACAAAAUGACAAUAAGAGCUGGUGAGUUCUAUUUUUGAAUGCUGUAAAUAGAUCCUGAACUUGCAAGAUGCAUGUUUGUACAUUUAUUUCCUUGAAAUGAUAUGUUGUUUUGUUCAAACAGGUGUGGGAAAGCGAUUUUUUAUCAUUUGUAGGUUGUGGUUCUCAUGGUAAUAGCUAAUAAAGGAACACGGAAUA